GGAAAAUUACCUUACGAGGAGAUUAGCAGGACUCGGAAGCAGGGGAGAAGACUCGAGGAGCAGCGGAGAUUCUAGAGCGAGGGAGCAGAAAUUGGGAACCCUAGUCCAGAGGGAAAACCCAGCAUUUAUAGGCGGAACACCGAUGGGGGGAACCAACGAGGGGUCGACACGUUGCAAGGGGCGUAUCCCGGCUCACGCGCUGUGCGUGGGAUGGGAGCGUAAUGAUGACACUUCCUUGGGAAAUGCACCGCCGCUACAGCAGCCGUCACCUCGUUUCCUGAACCGUCGACAGCUGUCAAGCACCAUGACUGUAACACCGUCCCCAAAUGUAUUUACUUUCAAGUAAAUGAUGUAAUAAACCUUAUGGAAUGAUUUAUGAAUUUCGAAGUUGUAAAUUUUUAUUAAUUCUUUCGCGUGAAUAGUAAAUUGUACGUGGGACCCACACCGGGAGCGGGGGCCGCCCGACAUUCCCGAGACCAUAUAUUUUAUUCAUCUUGGUCUAGAUAAUAAAUAUAUAGUGGUGGAUAUUUCAUUUGGGCCAUGGAAAGGCCCGGAGUUGACCGAUUGGUCAAAAGAAGCCCAAAUUACCGGUACUGGUAAUUUAACAGAUAACAGCACGAACUGAAUUUCGGAGGCUUAUAAAUUAAAGUUGGGGAAUGUAUAUUCAUUAUACAUGUCAUAAUGAGUAAGAGCACAUAAUAUAUUUUAUUUGACCCGAUAAAAUAAAAUAUAUUUAAAACAGUCUGAAAAAUACAACUUUCGGGACCGAUUGUACACAUCGGGACACAAAGGGAUGACCUCCCACAUGAGUGGGGGCCACCCCACGUUUUUAUGUGCUAAACACAUCAAUUGAGGGCUGGGUUGACAAGAGGAAAUGAGGAGGAGAUGCAUUUGGCAUCAAAGGUACAAUGGGGAGGACCCAUUCCCACAUUAUUUUGAGAGAAAAGCCAAAGAGGCUAUCUCCUCACUCACCCACCCCAUAAUUUCGACCAACCUAUCAAAGGAGGAGGAAGAUGAAGCUCUCAAGCUAUUCUCCAUUGCUGCAACUCGAGCUCAAGCAAGAGUGGUCCAAGGAGGGGAAUUAAAGAAGGGAAAAAGUGAGGAAAAGGGUGUAAAAUUAAGGCACUUGUAAAGGGUAUUUCAAGUGGUUUCACAAAGUUGGAAAAGUCGCCGGAUUUGUCGCCGGAGUUGACCAAAAGUCGCCGGAGUUUCACCGGAGUUCAACCAAGAAGGGUAGAACUUCAUAACGCUAGUUCAAGGUUGAAGCUAGGGCUUGCUACUUGCACCUUCUCACGGGUGAUAUCAUAUCAGGAAGACGUGGUUCGUGCUUCCUUAGUUUCUUUCAAACUACCGAACACUUGCUCAUGGAUAUUUGUUUUACUAUAAACUAUUUUUGGGGCUUGCAUGCCCAUGUUGUUGGCCGGUUGUGGCUCAUGACUUACCGUUGAAUAUUUCCGCUAUUCAUUGGUUUAAAUGUGAUGUUGUUAUGUAUGUUUACUACUGAGUAUGGAUGGAUUGUUUUUCUCGAACGCCUUGUGUAAUUAAGUGAGGUUGACUCGUGGGUGACGUCACUUAGUUAUACGGCGGUUGUACACGCGCUUGGAUUGCGGUCUGGGGCGUGACAAUGACCACGAGCAUACGCUUCCACCAGAUGCAAUAAACAUAAGUAUCAAGACACGAACGUCUACUUCGAGGGACUUCAUACUUCCUUUUGUCCUGUGCACGCUCAGAACAUCAGAAGUGGGGGACUUGUGUUGGGUUAAUGGCCCAAGUCAGGGUCCGGCCCAUUCACCCCUUUUUACCAGACGUACGUCCAGUUAGAACACAAAGCUAGCCUGGCAGGCCCAUGUUCCUCCAGGAGGGACGAACGUCUGCAGUUGGGGGGUUUAGGCUCAACGGCCCAUCUCGACGAACGUCUAUGCAGGGACAAGGAGCAGGACCACGGGUCACCGGAAUGACGACGAACGUCGUCAGAGCAAGCCCAUGGCCAUCGGAGGCGGUCCGGUCCACAUGGCGAGAAUCUGCAAAGGCCAGGGGACGAGCGGCCAAUACCCCUUGGAGGCCACCUGGAGCUAUCCAGCUCGCUCCCCGGGCGGACGAACGUCCCCACUAAUCAGGCGGGAAACCUAGAUUCUGGCGGGAAGUGCAUUUAAUGCUGAAGAUUUGGUGGUUGGGACACCAGCGAACCACAGGCUUCCACGUCAGUACAACCACCUGCCCAUUGGCGGGUAUAAAUAGAAGCAUUUAUUUCAUUGUAAAGGGUUGGCAACUUUCUAUUCUUAGCACUCUAGCUAUAACAUUCUUACUCGCAGCACUUCUACUGCCUUGUAAGACGAACGGCCGACGGAGCCUUAGCGAAAAGUAUUGUAUUAGGGAGUUAUUAAGAGAUAAUAAUACCUAAUCACUUACUUGCUACCUUGUUGUUUCUUGAUUCAUCUCAUUUGUUAGUUGGGCUAGUUUACUCACACAUACUCCACUCGAAAUCCUUGGGCUUACGUGUUGGACCCGAGGGUUGAAGGAAUAAACCUCAACACAAACAAAUUACAUAAAUAUAAGCGUGUGCGCGCGCGCACGCACACACGCACACACGUACACGCACGCACGCACGCACACCCAAACAAACAAAUAAAUAACAGUUCAGAUUCGAGCAUAUAUCUAAAAUAAAUUUAGAAAUAAUUACAUAUUUAUAACUAAAAUAUAGAUUGUUUACAAAAAUGUGACUAGUGACUAGAAUAGUCAUGAAAUCAUAGUAACUUAUGUUCAAAUUUUAAAUUAAGUUAUCAUGACACUACAUUACAGUAACUAUUAGUCAUAUUUUGUGUAAAAAAGUUUUAUUUUUAAUAAUACUUUUGAAAAAGAACAUAAAUUUAUUUGAAUUUGGGACUAAUUUAUUUUCCAUCCUAUAAUCUUUCCUUCCUUAACUUUCUCUGGGUUCCAAACGGACCCGUAGGAUUUAGAGCAGAGUUGAGUACUAAAGUAGCUUUAUGUUUACAGCUCUCUACUCAUGUCAGUUGUGAUCCCAGAGACAUAUCAAUAAGAUCUCAAUAUAUGGAGACCGGAACAUGUUACUUCACAUCGAAUGCGACAUUCCAUCCCUUUUUUCACUAUCAUCGUAUCAUGUUUCACCAAAAUAGGAAACACUAUCAUGGAAUGUAGAGAAAUAGACAAUGAGACUAAUAAGAAUAAUAGAAUAAAUGAAUAAUACUCCCUCCGUCCCACUAUGAUUGUCUCAUAUCUUAUUUGGUAAAGUUUGUGUGGUUCUAAAUCAUUCCUACUUUAUUCUUACUUUAUCAAUAUCAAUCACAUAAACACACUUUUAUUAAUAACCGUGCCACAUUCUCGUGUCCCAAACAUAGGGGGACAGAGGUAGUAUUAAAUAGUGGUAAUUUGAGUUUGCACCCCAUUUUAUUGUCCAAAUUCGACUUUGCACCCCAUUUUUAAAAGUCUUUGUUUUUGCACCCCAAUCCCAUAUGAAAAGACAAAAAU